AAUUAAAAUAUAAAAAUAAAUAUCGACAUCAUAUUGAAAGAAUAACACUGACAAUAUGGUGAAACAAUAUAAUACCAUGCAUGAACAUAAUUACUUUCGUGAUAAUAAAAAAAAAAAUUGUCGAUGGGAUGAUAAAAAAGUAAAUCAUACUGUGAAAAUAACUAAUGAUCAUGAUGAUUGCAAUUUUACAUUAGAUUGCUACAUAGAAAUAAGUUCAAGUGAUGAAGAGGAAGAUAUAAAACAUAUGCCUCUUUCUCGUUUAUUAAAAAUAGAAGUUGAAAAAGACUUAUUGAAAGAGUGCAAAAAUAAAAAAUCAUUAGAAGACCAACUAUAUGAUGAAUUAAUUAAUGAAAAUAAUCAAGAUAAUAUGUUAAAUAUUUCUAAUAAGUCCAAUAAUAUAAUAAGUGAAAAUCAUCCAAUCAACAAUGGAGAACAAAGUAAAACUGCACAAAUUGUUCCAUUAACUAAUGAUUCAACAAUUAUAAAAAAUCAAAAUAUUACAAAUGUGAAUAAAAAAGCAAGAACUGAUCAUUACAAUAUUAAUUAUCAAGGUGUGAACUUUUCAUUAGAUACAAUUAAUCCAAUAGUCAAGAAAGAUAAUGUUAAUGUUACGAAAACAUCUGCAAACAUUGUGUGUCCACCAUUAAAUUGGAUUCAUUUAAUAUAUUUAGCUAUAAAGAAUUCUGCUACAGAGAAUGUAUCUUGUCUUGAUAUACAAAAUUUUGCCAGAUAUUGGUUCCCUUUUUAUAGAAAUAAUUCAUAUAUUGGAUAUAUUUAUAUAAUAUUAAGCCAUAUAAUUGAUGAUUUCCAUGAAAAAUAUUUUUAUUGUAAUUCAUUUCCAAUUAAUAUGAAUCAACACGAUACAUGGACUAUUAACAGUAUCUAUAUAAACACUUUGGAAAAAAGUUUGAUUGAAUUUGUUGAAAACAAUGAAGAUAAAAUAAAAUCAGCAAUGACCAAUCCUGAUAAUUUAUCAACAAUAGUAAAUGGAUACGGUGUAUUUUAUUUAGGAUUUAGCCAAAAUCUUUAAAUUAUUACUGUCAACUGAAUAAUCAAUACUAUCAUUUGAUUUAAUUUGGAUGUUACAAAUAAUUGUUUGGUAAUCCAUUCCAUAAAAUGGUAAUUAAGUUUUUAAUUUAAUUAAUUACUAAAAAAAACAAAUAACUCAUAGCGUUAUUGGUUAUUAUUAGUCAGGAUUUUUAUGCAAAAACAUAUUUUUAACAAGCGUAUGCUGUUUAAUGGAAGUAAGAAAUGUUUGCAUUUCAUAACCUGUAGAAAAUGUCAAAAAAAGUUUUUUUUGCAUAUUAGUUCAUAUUUUGACUUCAGAGAAUAUUUCAAAAUAUUUUA